GUGGGGCGUGCGCGCUUUCGUUCUCUUCCUCGGGGCUGUGGAGGGGCUGGGUAGGCGGAGGGCCUGAGGCCUUGUGCUGCCGUUCCUGCUGGGAGGAGUCGGGUUUGCGUUCUCUCUGUGCCCGGACAUUUGAGCACAGAGCAACAGACCUCUUUCCCAGUCGUCUUGCCUGCAGAGACCUCGGCGUCGCUUAAGGGGCGCGUGAAUAUGAGCUGUGUGUGGGAUCCACCGCACCUCCUCUUGGAGGAAGUAUUCACCCAGAAAGAAGAAAAACAAAAUGAGCACCUAAGAUGUGAGAGAUCAACUCCUUUCUAAAGGACCAUAUUGUUUGCAAGAUGGAUCGGAGUAAACGAAAUUCAAUAGCAGGAUUCCCUCCACGCUUGGAACGUGUUGAAGAUUUUGAUGGGGGUGGUGGAGGCGAUGGGAGCGUUUCCCAGAUGGGCAGAGUUUGGACUUCUUCGUACAGGGCCUUGAUAAGUGCCUUUUCAAGACUUACACGACUUGAUGACUUCUCCUGUGAGAAAAUCGGAUCUGGUUUCUUCUCUGAAGUGUUCAAGGUUCGGCACAAAGUGUCUGAUCAGGUAAUGGCUUUAAAGAUGAACACACUAAGCAGCAACAGAGCGAAUAUGCUGAAAGAAGUCCAGCUCAUGAACAGGCUUUCACACCCAAACAUAUUAAAGUUUAUGGGUGUCUGUGUACAUCAAGGGCAACUGCAUGCACUUACCGAAUACAUCAACUGUGGUAACCUGGAACAGCUGUUAGACAGUAACCAGCAUCUGCCCUGGACAGUGAGAGUGAAACUGGCACUGGACCUUGCUCUGGGACUAAGUUACCUUCACUAUAAAGGCAUUUUUCAUCGGGAUCUGACAUCCAAGAAUUGUUUAAUAAAGCAUGAUGAGAAUGGAUAUUCUGCUAUAGUUGGUGACUUUGGGUUAGCAGAGAAAAUCCCUGACUUCAGUGAGAAGCUGCCUGUGGUGGGCUCGCCUUAUUGGAUGGCACCUGAAGUGCUAAGAGAUGAGCCUUACAAUGAAAAGGCGGAUGUCUUCUCAUAUGGGAUCAUUCUUUGCGAGAUUAUAGCCAGGAUCCAGGCAGACCCAGACUAUCUCCCUCGCACAGAGAAUUUUGGCUUGGAUUAUGAUGCCUUCCAACACAUGGUGGGAGACUGUCCUCCAAACUUCCUCCAGUUGGCCUUCGACUGUUGUAAUAUGGACCCAACACUACGGCCUUCAUUUGUGGACAUUGUAAAGACACUGGAGGAGAUGCUAAGCUGCUUGAAAAAUGAAGAGGCUGAAAGAGAGAGGAAGCUCUUAAAUCUUGACAGUACAGAAAGAAAACCCAUCUCCGUUUCCAAAGGAUUUCUAGAGAGAGGACAAGGAGUUAAAAGGCUAAGUUCACUGGAUGACAAGAUUCCUCCAAAGUCACCACGUCCACGGCGUAACAUUUGGCUAUCACGCAGUCAGUCAGACAUCUUCUCCCGUAAGCCUUGUCAAAAGAUAAAUGUCCAGGAUCCCUACUACACACCAAGUAAAGGGGGAAGCCGGAAAGUCAACCCUUUCAAUGCUAGAGAAGACCUGAAAGGGGGGAAAGUCAAAUUUUUUGACAUGCCAAGCAAAUCUGUAAUAUCACUUGUAUUUGACUUGCACUCCCAAGAGGCAGGAGGAUGCCUGAAGAUGAGCCAGCCUCAGCUAAGGCAGACCUUCAGCACUGAUUGGCAGGAACCCACUUUCCUCCCUUGGCGACGUUGUAGAUCACUUCCUGUCUCUCCUGAACUCAUGCACAAAGAAUAUAACACAUUCGGGGAUCUGUCUUCAACAGUUGGCAGGUGCGAUCCAAGCCAGCUAGGGGUUGAGGUGCGACAAAAGUUAUUGAGCAGCAGUAAAUAUGGAGUGUCUGAGAUCCCUCCUUUUCAGGCCAAAUUGCAUAGGCUGGAUUCUCCUCCUCCUGUGCAAGAAGAAGAGAUGGACUGUUCUGAUGGACUAGAACCCCAGGAUGAAAAUGGGUUCUAUCCAGUGAAAAAUUCAGUUGAGGAGCCAGAAUUCAGAAAGCCCACAGGGCAAAUUCUACAAGACUCCCAGAAUGUGGAGGAUAUCUUGGUACAGAAUGUCAUCCAUUCAGAAGAUAAACCCUCAGAUGCGUUCAUGAGCUGUAUAACCUCUGAAGAUAUGGAGGUGGAAGAUGAAACACAAAGGAACAUGUCUUCGACUAGGUUGGAGUCUUCCAAACUGUACAGUGUUAACCCUUCCUCACAGCUGGGCCGAGAAGUAUCUCUGUUUGAGGUAGUAGAUAGUGACACAUCAAAUCAAGUUUCUUCACCAUCAUCAAAUACACCAGCAGCAGUAAGUGAACAGUCAAAAUGUGACAUUUAAAAGUCUAACCAGAGCGACACACUCCUUCCACUACCUUAGAAAGCUAAAACCAAUGUAAAAAUGUUCUAGCAAGUUGUAGCAACUAGUUUGGAGGUUGCAAAACAUUUAUUUGGAGAGAGACUACAUAUAUGGAAGUACUUAUAGCAGAACGAUCCCUCAGCUUACCUCAGGAGGCAAUUGUAGGGAGAAAGGGUGAACCACAUCUCUGGGAUGUCUGGAGCAAUGCAAGGGCAAUAAUUCAUAGGAAAGAUGGUGGGAUCCUUGGUCUGCCCAGGCUUAGAAGCCAUUCUUGUGUGUGUGUGUGUGCGUGUGUGUGUGUGUGUGUGGGCGCAUGUGUAUGCUUUUGCUUCCAUUGAAAGAAUUCUUCUAAACUUGCCAGAACUUCCCUUCUGAAAUAUCUAUAACUUUCACUUUCUCCCUAGCACUUGCUGAGCAGCUAUAAAUAUCUUCUGGCUCGGGAUCUUAACAGGCUUGAAGUUAGCAGUACCCUGGCUCAAAUUUAGUUUCUUCUUUCUCUGAUGUAAUGACAAGUUCAUAGCACUUAAAAUCCCAAGUUCCCUUGUAUCCAUACAAUAAGCUCAGACUAGGCUGCAACAUCUAAGCUUUCUACCUCUUCCCAUAUGAUUUUAAAUGCUGAAAGUGAACAGUUCAGACUCUUACUUAAGGCACUCCUUGUCCAGUUGGAAAAAGCGCAGCUUGUGCUGACUGCUCUUGACUGUGGCAGUUUCAUUGCAAAACACAAAAUCCCACUAGGUUUUCCUGGCACCACCAGUCAGCACCUUCUGUGAUAGAGAAGGAACAAGGCAUGUGACCAUCACAUCUUUAACAAAGGAAACCAGGGGUGUGCUCUUAAAAUCCCAGCUGUGAGUGCACCUGUUUACUUGAGCAUUGGAAAUACAGACCCUAGCCCUACUACAGAGGUGUGUAUAGAUUAGUCUACAUUUAUGUUUUUUGUAACUUUCAUAAGCACCUGGUAUUCUGAAGAAAUAAGGUUUGACUUUGGCUGGCUGUACAAAUAAUGCAAUGCAAAGAGUCCAUACGAAUUUUUAUUUUCUGAACAUUUAGUCUGUCAUUGAAGUUCGACUCUGUUUCAUGGCUUUAACACAGCAGGCUGAUAAAAGCUCCCCUGGGGGGAAGAAAUUAAGAGCAGUGCUGCCUCCUGAUGUUCACAGAGAGCUCUGGUGAAAGCUUUUCAAAGCAGCAAGCAAUAAUUUGGGGACUUUUGACAGAACCUGGCAUGUUUAGGAACAGGUAGCCAACCUCUGUGCUUACUUUGUCCUGGGCAGUUUUGGGCAGCUCCUUCAGAACUUAUCUCUGGAAUGAAGAAUGACUGCUAAUUUUUAAAAUAGCCCCAUAAUAGUCUAGUUUUUCCAAUCUGUUGCCUCUCAGGGUGGACCAGAAAGAAUUCUUACAAGUACUAUCCAUAUGCAUCUUUUUGAUUUACAGAAUAAAAGUGGCAGGUUGGUAAAUAACUGAAUUGCCAAGUAGAUGCUUGAUGAACAUUUUGAAAUGUGUAUUACAUUGCCCAUUAAACAGAAGUUUAAUUUUGGAUUGGUUAAUGGAUUGUGAGAGACUUCAGCAUUUCGAUCUGUUUCACAGGCUGUGGAAGAGAGUCCACACUUAAUCAUUUGCCCUGUGGACUAUCUUAACUCUGUAGCUUUACCUACGCUCCCUGUGCUCUCACUGUUCUGCCAAGGUUAGAGCAAGUGGGACACCCUUGGUUUGAACAAGUGUUCUAAUUAUGCUUCUGUAUGUAUAUGUAUGUUGGUGGAAGACUUGAGUCCCUUAUCCUCAUACAGAAAGUACAAUGUCUUCCCAUUCCUCCAAGUAGUAAAAAGUGAUUGACAUUCUAGUGUCCAGGUGAAAGCGAAUUCCUUGGCCAUGGAGUGGUUAAAACUGACUGUAUACUGCCCUCUUGGGAAACAUGCUAAGAACCUCUUGUCCUAUGUUUCUCUCCAGUAUUGCAAAGCAGCUGCUGGCUAUUAACUGUACUCCGUGCAGAAUGAAGCCAGCCCGUCUGCUUUAUACAACAUAGUAGUGAUUCUUUUGCUUUUAUCAUGUGUUUGAUUUGCUGACAAAGAUGCAUUUUGCUUUUUAUAAGCUACCCGGUCUGUUUUAAUUCACUCACUCUUUUGAUAUUAGUUAUUAAAUAUGUUAGAAGCUAUACCUGUGGCUGAUUGGUGAAAGAAGGCUGUGUGAAUAAAUGUAUGUCUAAAUUGCUGCCCCAGCAAAAGAUAGGGGUACGAUAGGUUUAUUCUUUGUUGCUGUAUUUUGUCCAUGAACACUGGUAGUUCUUGCCAGUUUAACUACAGACACUUGAAUAAUUCCUCUUUGCACUUAAUGCUGCUGUUUAUACUGCAUGUCACUACAUUUCUAUGCAAAAAUAACCUUUGGG